CAAAAUACCAACCCCUUCACCCGACACAAUUUUUCUCCUUUGUUCCUGGGAAAUCUCGAGCCAUGAUGAGCGUCUUUUGUUUGUUUGUAGUAUUGUAACCUAAUCAGCACCGACCGAGUUCUUAUUCAUUUUUCCAUCUCUGAUUAUAUACAAUUCUAUUUGAAGAACUAUACACCUUUAUCCAAAAUUUCUGGGGAAAACUAGUAGAGUAAGUUCGAUGUAUGACUUGGUUAUUGAGUAUCAAGCCGAUACAAUUGUAAUUUGUAACGUUUAAUUAUUUAGGUGAGAUAGGAUCAACCAGCGUCACAAAUAACCAUCUGCGUGUGACAAAAUCUUUUCCGGAAGAAAUAUAAUUGUAAACAUUGCAAAGUAGAGGAUUUAUUAUGAGCUAAUUUUCCCCCUACUAGGGACCGAAUCCAACUUUUUGUUGCAUAGUUUGGGCCUCGGCCCUCGGGAUCAAAACGAGCAUAGUGUUGUGAAUGUACGGGGCACCGGGUCGUGCCGCCCACGGGCUAGCACAGCACGAGCAUGAACACGAAAUAAAUGGGUAAGCUCGGCACGAGCACGAAUAAUUUAUGGGUCGUGCCGGGCCUAAAUUUCAUGGGCACGAGCACGGGCACGACAUGGUAUAUAAGUGGGUCUUGUCGGGUUUAAUAUUUUCGAGACUUUAUUGAGUAUAAAAACAGACAUGGCACGAAAAUAAUAUUUAUUUGAUAGAAAAUAAAUGUAAAAAGAAUUAUAGGUUCAAAUAUUACAAAACACAAGUUAGAAAAAUAUUUAUUUGUUGUUGUUAGAAGUGUCAUAAAGAGAUCUACGUAAUUACUAACAUAAGUAAAAAAUGGACAAAGAAUUAAACAAAGCCAAAUCACACUCGCUAUACUUUCAAUUUUCUUUUCUCCCUUCUUUGUUACUUUUCUCAAACAUUAUCGGUAAUACUAUCUUCCUCCGUCCAAUUUUCACCUUAUUUUUCAUUCUCUCUUUUGUUUUCGUCCUUUUCAUUAAACACGAAUACGAGCACGACACGAAUAGACACGACACGAUUCAAACCGUGCCGGGCCUAGCAUAGUUAACAAAUGGGCUUUGCAUGGCACAGCACGGCACGAAAAAUGACGGGCCGUACCAAGCACAACACGAAAUAAAUGGUCCCGAAACAUGCCCGUGCCGUGCCUGCCCAAGCACGACCCAACCCAUGUACAAUUGUGAAGGAUGGAAAAAUAAAAAAUCAUUUUACCAACCAAAAAAAAACAAGAUAUGGGAACUCAACUGAUCGAACGAAAAAAAAAAUGAAUAUGAUGAUGAUGCGUUAUGGACUGGAGUGCGGAUAGGAGAGAGGGAGAGAAGGGCCAGCUCGUAAUUUGAGCUCUGGAUCCAAUCCUGGGGAUUAGGGCUCCACUGAUUCCCCCCAACUGGCCACUAUAUAUGGAACAAGAUAAUCAAUAGCCUCCAGUCCUGACACAGCAGUAAGUGUGUGUGAGCGAGCGAGAUAGCCAGCGCGUGUCCCCGUCUACCAGAAGCUGCGGGGAGGCCAGCUCCAGGAUUGGAUUGGAUUAUUAUUGAGUAAAUAAACCAGAGGUCCUCAUAAUUUCUCUCCCUCCCUGGAAAAUGCACUCUUCCAUCCUCUAGCUCUCUUCUUCUUCUUCUUCUUUGACUAUUCGCGCUUCUCCCUGUAGAACAGCGUUUUUCUGUAUCAGUGAAUGACUGAAAUCAAUUUGCAGUCGCCGCCGGAGCUGCUGAAUCCUGAACGCACCACCGCCGCAAGUACGGACUCGCUGUUGGAAAAUCAAAUUCAAACCACACAGGUCCGUCCCCGCCCCCCCUGAUUUCUCCAUCUCGUAUCGCUAGCUGUAGCUUCGAUUUCAAUUUUCAAUAUCUGUCCGUCGAUCUUGGUUUUGUCGUCUAGCGGCUGAUUUUUUGAUUUUGGAUUCGCUUUGUCAAGGCGAAUUCAAUAUACUGGAAUUGGGUUUGAAUGAUGAUGUUGGAAUUGGUUGUGGUCCGGUGGACUUUCCUUUUACGUGGGUGAAAAUCUAUUGGAUGCGUGGUGUGGUGUGGUGUGGCUCCGGUGUACCGGUACUAUGGCAGAUCAUUAAUUCUUAUUCCGGUUUUCCGAUCACGGUGUGAGAUAUAACGUUACGUUAUGUGCAGUUUCUUCUCUACUAUGCGCCAUACUGAACAUUUAUUUCUGGGUCCUCUCCCAUUUUUGUUUUUUUUUAAUCUUUGACGUCAUAAAUUAAUUUUGGGAGGUAAAUUACUUCAGAGAGGGUACUGGUCUACUUGCAUUAGAAAUGACAAUGAGUAGUCAGAUUGAGUUCGGUUUCUCUAAACCCAAAUUCAAGUCAAUUAGUUGAUUCAUUAAGAACAUUCGUUAAAAUAGCCACUGGGUUUAAGAAGUGCAAACCCAAUCUAACCCAACGGGUAUGCACGACAACAUGAGUGCUUGUUUGCAUGGGUACCCAUGAGUUUACGAAAAUAGCUAUACAUUAAUUUUUUGAACAUCCAUAUCGUAACAUUAUUGAAAUUUCCCGUACAAAUAUAUCUCUAUUAAAACUAAUAAUAUUCAUAAAUUAUCCAUAUUAUUAGGUUCAUACUUUAUACUGACAUAAAGACUAAUGGUAUCCAUAAAUUCUACAUAUAGUUCACGUUAGAUACAAAAUGUUGUCGUUUUGUUUUUUUUUUUUUGGGUGCGGGUUGGGUGGAAAGCGGGUUUGAUUUUGGCAAAACCCAAACUCAAUCCAACCCGCAAAUUUCAAAAGCCGAUAAAUUCUGCACCUGACUCAAAACUCAUUAUCACUAAGUUUUGCCGGUUUUGACAAGAUUGAGUCAGAUUGAGUAUUCGUGAGUUCAGAUUCAAUUGCCAUCUCUAACUAAAACGGUACAGAAAAUUAAGAAUCGUGAAAAAAUCAUCCAUGGCAAGUUAUAUAUAUUGUAGGAAUAUUUUGAAACCUUAAAACCCUACUGAUUAUUUUGACUGGUACCAGGUUCUCGAGCGGUCAAUUCUCCAAUAAUGUCCACAUUUUUUCCUCGUCAGAAUCCUCCCCUCCUAAUUAAAGUGAACCAACCUUUUUUUUCUCAGCUUAACCUUUUUUUUCUCAUCUCCCUCUCCUGCCCAACUCUAUCCUUCCUUCUUACAGCUCAAUUAGUCAUUAGUGAUCAUCAUCAUUGUCUUCAACAAUGAUUAACCUUUUUUUCUUCUUCUUUGUGAACAAAUAGAAGACGUAACCUCACCAAGCAACGUGUUGUUGGACUGGGAAAGGAAAGAAACAGAAUCUUUUUUUGGUUAAUCAUUAAGGCACUGCAAAUUGUCUAAGAGAGGGGGAAAAAUUAGUAAAAGUGUAAUGGGUGGCUGCCAGUUAGGAUUUGUAGGAGCAGCCACCAGCACAGGCUUGUGUCGUUGUUGGGCCGUAUAAGCUUCUUCCUCUAUUGGGCCGGUGGUUCAACGUUGAAAGAUCAAGUACCAUCCCUCUUUUCCCUUUUCCCCACCAAAAUUUGGAUGGUUGUCUUUGUCGUUUCGUUCUCAAUACGAACUGUCAAAAGCUCCCCCACGGCCCACUGUAUUACGCGAACCAGUUCUCGUCCCUUUUGUUUUGUUGUGUAUAAAGAAAAUAGUUAUAUUACUAAGAAUAUGCUGGAUGCUAGCCACCACUAGCCAGAUAGAGAUGAAACUUCUUGACGUAGACAUGAGUCUACAAUUAUAACCACAAAUGUUUACGAAGAAUCAAAUAGUUACCUGCAGUUUGGGUUCUGCUACUAGAUGCUCAUCAUAAACACAGGUGCUUUCGUUUAAAAAAGAAAAGAUAUUUUUUUAUGAUACAAACUUAAUUUAUACUUUUUAAUGUUAUGGUUUUGUAAAUAGUGAGAUGUGAAAGUAGGAGUUUCUGAAUCUAAAUUUACAAAUUUUAGGUUUGGCAGGAGCCGUCUUUCAAUUUGAUAGUCUACCAUUAUUGGUGUCGUUGAGUGAAAUCAAAUCGAGAUCUAUGUGUCUUGUUUGGGCUCCCUUGAUGGGCAAGUGGUCAUUAAUAUAAGAAUAGGAAUACUACUUAUUUGACCUUGAUGGCUGGUUAGAUCCAAUGUAUUAUUGUUAAUCCUAUUACUAUAAUAAUAAAGCCAUCAUUUUUGGGUCUAAAUCACUGACUAUACAUAUCUGUAAUUCUGUAGUAGUCAUAUACUCAUUUCCUUUUGCUGUUUCUUUCUCGUCCUAGUGGUUGGUGGUAAUCGUCAGUGGCGUAGUCAGACCUUGAAUGGACUAGUGGUGUCCUUAAAAAUUCCGAGUUAAUUGGGAUCCUUACAUGAGGUAGUAUUGAUAAAAGUAUGAGAUCCUAUACUUCAAGGAUCAUGCUAAAUGACAUAUAUUUAAAAAGUUUUGGUACCCAGUUUUUUGCUAAGUGGGGUCUAAUGAUGGCAAUUUCAACCCGUCCCGCGGGUAUUACCCGACCUGACCCGCGAUCGGGCGGGUAUUACCCGACCCGCAGUAGCGUGGGGCGGGGCAUGGGUAUCUACUUUCGACCCGCCUUGCCCCGUCCCGCCCGUUCUAGACUCAUUUUCUCAAUUUCUUACAAUAUCUAUACAUAUUUCUCCUAUUUUGACUUUUCUUCAACUAGUUAGAGUCGAUCUUUCAACUUGUUAGGCUCAAUUACCCAUUCUAUUAUCAAUAUUUUUCAUUCUUAAAGUGUUUUCCCCUACGUUUUAUUGUAAAAAGUAAAAUUUACUUGUAUUUUUUUUUUAUGAACAACAUGUAAGAGUGGGUCGACCCGCCUCGCCCCGUACCCGCGCGGGUUUUACCCGCCCCGACCCGUAGUAGCGUGGGGCGGGGCAUGGGAAUUGAGGUACCCGCCUCGCCCCACCCCAUUGCCAUCAUUAGUGGGGUCUUAGGACCCCCUCUCCUCAAAGGCUCCCUUCGCCAUGGGUAAUGGUGCUGAUCAGUUAGUGGUUGGACCGGCCAAAUUACUGACCUGGUUUGUUCCUGAUCAGUUUUGAUCCGGUUUGGUUCACGUUAACCCAUAACCGAAUGCAUAAUGCGUCUUUUACUCGUCAACGGGACAUGUAUAUGUGACAUAAACUGUUAAGACAAACUGGUCCAGUUUCUGUGUACAAUCAUGGUCUGUAAAUAAUCGAUGAAACUAGAGUUGAACUGCCCUACACUCCUAAUUGGUAUUAGGUUUGAUAGCAAGAUUGUAAAACCGCUUUAUACGAUUGAUUUAGCAAGUGACAUGGUCCAACGAUUUACAACCAGUUUUGACAACCAUGGUUGGUAGGUAGCAAGAGUCCCGACCUUCCCCGGUUAUCGCUUUCCUAUGUUUUUUCCUUUUUCUUUCGAGAUGGUAUAGCUAAUAAUAACAUUGACGGCUCCCUUUAAACCCACAUGCAAAUAUUGAAACUGAGUUUUUUUUUUUUUUAAUUUUCUUUUGUGUACUGGACUGCAUCCACAUGAUCAGUAGUACUUGAUUACGAAUUACUGAAUUGCAUCUGUCUCGUUUUCCUAAUUCACAUGCUCAAGUAGCAGGUACAUGUACGAGUGCCUGCCUAGUGGGUUUUAAUUUAAGCUCCUGGUGCAUCUUCCCUUUGAUUUUUCUGGGUUUUCUCCAUCUUUCACUUUCGAGCUCUGUCAUCACUGUCUCCCUUGGCAUGUUUCCUGCAGCUGCCGUCCCGUCUCCUUGAUUGAGGGAGAACCCUGUUAGUGUAUAUAUACACACACAGCAUUUUCAUACAUACAGAAGAUCAGGGGAAGAAAGAGAGCUCCUCGAAAACCAGAGUAAAAUACAUUGUAGGCUUUGAUCAAACCAGAGAGUUGGGGAGAAAAAAUGGGUUUCUGGACAUUGCUUCAGGUGGCUUCAAUGCCAGUCAUACAAGUCCUCAUCGUCGGCCUCUUGGGUGCCUUCUUGGCAACCGAGUACAUCAAUGUUCUCCAUGCUGAUGCUAGAAAAUACUUGAACAAGGUUGUGUUCACGGUUUUCACUCCCUCGCUCAUGUUCGCCAUUCUCGCCAAAACCGUCACUCUCGAGGACAUCAUCUCAUGGUGGUUUAUGCCAGUCAACAUUCUGCUGACCAUGUUGUUUGGCGGUCUUCUGGGAUGGGUGGUCGUCAAAGUUUUGCGCCCCAAGCCGCAUCUCGAAGGCCUUCUCAUUGCUGUCUGUGCCACAGGGAACUAUGGGAACCUGCUGCUGAUAGUUGUGCCUGCAAUAUGCAAAGAAGAUGGCACUCCAUUUGGGGACCAUGCAACAUGCGGCUCCAUUGGACUCUCAUAUGCAUCAUUCUCUGCUGCGCUGGGCAGCAUCUACAUCUGGACCAUUGCUUACCAACUCGUCCGCACCUCAGCUGUUAAAUUCAAGGCACUUCAGAUGGCCGAAGAGGCCUCCAAACUGCCAAACGACGAUCUGGAAGCCACUCAGGGGACUCUUCUUCUUAAGGGAGACGAUGCACAAGUUCAACAAACUGGUGUUUCACUUCACUCGGCGAACGACCUUGGAGAAGGCAAGACUUCUGGUUGUACUAAAGUUAUGGAGGUGCUUCAUCAGAUAUUGCACGAGCUCACUGCUCCUCCCACGCUUGCUACAAUAUUUGGGUUCUUGUUUGGAGCUACUACGUUUCUGAGGAACCUGGUAGUGGGCGAGAAUGCACCCUUGCGUGUGAUCCAGGACUCCAUUGCAUUACUUGGGGAUGGCACAAUUCCCUCCAUCACCCUUAUAUUGGGAGGCAACCUCACUCAAGGGUUGAAGUCUUCAAACAUCAAACCAUGGAUGAUCGCCGGAGUGAUCUGCGUACGAUAUGUAUUUCUGCCUGUGAUCGGGAUAUGUGUGGUGAAGGCAGCUUCCAGCCUAGGGCUACUCCCUUCUGAUCCUCUGUUCGCCUAUGUGCUAAUGCUUCAAUACAGCAUCCCACCUGCCAUGAACAUUGGCACCAUGACGCAGUUGUUUGAUGUGGCUCAAGAAGAGUGCUCAGUGAUCUACCUAUGGACUUAUUUGUUUGCAGCCGUUGCGCUCACCUUGUGGUCUACAGUCUUCUUGUGGAUACUGUCCUGAUAAAAGAAGAAAGGGCAUUAUUCGAUUGGGAAGUCAGGAAGUUGUGUAAGCUAAGCUAGAGGAAGGUGUGAAUGAAAUAAAAAGCGUUUGUCAGAAAUUGUUUAGGUUGUGUGCUGCUGGGAUAGUUGUUUGCAGGGUUGAAGCUGCAGCAGCUAAUUGGUUUUGAUUCUUAUGGCUAUAUAUGUAUUUGAUUAGAUGGGAGGGGAAGUGUGGUUUAGUAUUGUUGUAGUAAAGCCAGGGCAGGGCAGCUUUCCUUGUGUGAAGGAAUGCAAGGUAGCAAUUUGUAAAAUUUUGUGUGCCUGUCACCAUAUACUAUCUGUUGAAAGAAAUUGGAUUUAUCAUGGUUUCAUAUAGUGAAAACUUGUUUUGGGGGAAAGUGAAAUAUGCAGUACUUUUUCUUGAGUGAAUCAAUGAUAAAUGGCCUAAAAUUAGUAUGAAAAAUGAUUUCUCUCGAGUUAAUUAAGUGAAAUCUUGUGUGAAAAAAAUGAGUGGAAAAAAAUGACUUCAUAAUCCAUUUUGGAAGACUAUGAUAUCAGGGUACCUUAUAUGAGGAUAUCAUAUUAAGAAAUCUAUAUCUUAUUAGGAAUCUUGAGAGUUGGGAGAGAUGUUCUAAACAAAGAAGUUGAGGGAGCUGUAGGUCUAUAAGAGGGUUAGAAAUUGAAUUUAGGGUUAAAUCGAUUAAGAAUGUGUUUAUUACUAUUUUUUUAAUCCUGCAUUGCUUCGGUUUCAGGGGUAGUUGUAGUUUAUAGUCAAAUUAAUUAUGUUAAUUAAGUUGGUUUAAGUCGGGAUUCAGUGAUGGAGUUUUGGACUACCCAUGGUCUCAUGCGACCUCAGUGUACAACCCUCUAGAGGGUGUUAGUGCCGACAUCUCUAUCAGUUCAACAGGGCCACAUCCUCACACCCCCCUUCGCCAACCCUCAAACAUGACAUCACCCUAAUAGGGUCAGUGUGCGUCCAUUAAUUCAUUAUCAUUGGCCCCAAGCAUGAAAUCACCUAGGGUGUUGGUGCACGUCACCUAGGUGUCAAGCAUGACAUCAUCUUAACGGAUAUGCAUGUGCAUCCCCUCAUCUUAGUCUCCACAUGUCAAGACAAUCAAACAACCUUGGUGUCAAGCAUAAUAUCAUAAAAGAUAAAAGGGAGGUCAAUAUGAAUUCCCAAGUUCGACACUAUCUUCACUAAGAUAGUGAUCAUCAAGGUAUUUCAGAGUCCAACAGGUGGAACCAACCCCAGAGUCGGAAGUUGGAAAAAAAGGCGCGAUAGAUCGGGCAAAGAGAAGUAGCAGCCGCAGUUGACUAUCCAAGCAGUGAGUUCAUGGUCAUCAGGGUCGUGAAUUGGAGCCACAAACCGCGAACUGGCAAGGUUCCAAAGAGUUUUUAGAGGUUACUGACGCAGAGGCUGUUCACGGUCGUAAGACCGUGAACGGAAGCCAUGGACCGCGAACCAGUUAAGUGAAGCAGCGCGUUUUGGAUUGAGUUCACAGUCCCUGCCAUUAGUUCACGGCCGUGAACUGGGCACGACAUGUGUAUAAAAGAAGAGCUGAAAGGAGGAAGAAGGGAGAGCCCAAAGUGAGAGAAACCUUAUUCUUCUUGAAAACCUAGAGAGAGAAAGCCACGAACCAAGAGGGAGAAGAGGCUAGGGUUUGCUCCAAGUUAAGAUUUGGGAAGUUCCUCUUCAAGAGAGGAUCUCUACAAGCACAAGGAAGGAUUGAGACAUCAUAAUGAUGGUUUUUCCUUUUUCCUUUGUGUUUUUCCUUUUUCUAGCAUGGAGUAGUCUCCUUUUCACUUGGGUGUUGUAGAACCCUAACUUCUACCAUGUAAUUGAUUGUGUGGAUUGAAUGAUUAUGUGUGGGUGGUGUUUAAUUUAAGAUUUGAGGUAUUUUUCAUGGUGAUUGUGCAUUGUGUGUGCUUGGCAAUCUAUUGUGCUAUUCUAACCUAGUUUAGAGGAAAACCCCCUUAUCUUAAGAGGCUCAAAUUGAGCUGGGUUUUCUUGGGCAUUCCAUGCCUCCUAUCUAGGUUAAUGUAGGGCAAACCUCUAAACUCAAAUUGAACACCUAGGUUGAUUGUGAUUAAGCCGUCCGAACCCCGGUUUGAGGAAGAAGGUAAGUCAACCCUCAAUUGAUUAGGCCAAGAGAGCUACAAUUGUAGCCUAUAAUACAUUCCUUGGCCUAGUAAUUGAGAGUGUGGUUUCUAACCAUUGUUGCUCCUCCUAGCGGUUCACAAUCGCCUUGUCGCACACCGAUUCAUUCGAUCCCACGGUUCAUGGUAGUUAGUUAGGGGGAAACAACUUACGAGUGAAGCUUCUCACCAAGAGUUUCAACCCUUUUACUUUUCAAGUCUUGCUUUUUAAUCGUAGAUUGUAGAGAUUUUCACAAACAACGUUCCGCUAAGUAAUGUUUCAAACAAUCGAAGUAAGGGUACAUGGGCCGGCCUGGGUUGAUAUUUAAACAUACUUGCCCUAUAUUGCAACCAUUUAAGGUUUAUACUUGGGCCUUAGGUGGGAUUUAAGUGUGAUAUUCUGGUUUUUUCUGGAGAGGCGAUUUCCGGCGAGCCUCCGUCGAGCUUACGACGACACCUCACCAACCAGUUUUCGUGCAAUUUUUCGGCUUCCUCGCCCUCUCCUCACUUCCCCUUCAAUCCUACUUGCGUCUCCAUGUUGGUUUUUUACCUUAGUUUUGUUAAUUGUUGGAGAAUCGGAUUAGGGUGUGAAGAUUUAGUGAAUUGAUUGUUGAAUGAAGAAAUAGGGCGAGGGAUUAGUUGAUUAAUGAUGAAUGAAUGUUGCGUGUGAUUUGCAUGAGCUUAAUUGAGUCUUGGUGGGGUAUAAUUUAGGUCCCAUUGUUUUUAAAUGUGAAAAUUUUGCCUACCAAGUGCAAAAAUGUGAAUGAAUGUGAACAUUUGGUGUUUAAGUUGUGGAUGGAAGCCGUCGUGGCAUGGUUCGGGUUUGAUAUUGUGUGGAUAUUGGCAUGGUUCUUCAAUAGGUCACCAAGAGUUUCAACCCUUUUACUUUUCAAGUCUUGCUUCUUAAUCGUAGAUUAUAGCGGGUUUCACAAACAACGUUCCGAUAGGUGAUGUUUCAAACAAUCGAAGUUGGGGUACAUAGGCCGGCCUGGGUUGAUAUUUAAACAUACUUGCCCUAUAUUGUCCCAUUUAAGGUUUAUACUUGGGACUUAGGAGGGAUUUAAGUGUGAUAUUCGGGUUGAGUCAAAGACAUGAAGGAGGAUGACAACUUAAGUUUUAUAGUGGAAGAUGCGAGCCAGAGUGAGGCACAAGAGAUGGUGGUGGUAGUAGGUUGCAGGGGGAGAAUCAUGUGGAAUAGGAGACGAAUGAUGUUGAUGAUGAAGAUAACAAUAGAGAAUGUGGGAAUGAAGAUGCCCCGAGGGGGCAAUUGGAUAGGCAUGUGGACAUGAAAGAAUUUGAUGUAGACGAAGUCGGGGAUGUUUAAGAACCUAUGACGAAUAUUGUUGAUUAGGUGUAUAGAGAGAUGAAAGUGAGAAAAAAGUGUCAGGAUGGAGCGACAGGUGGGGGGUCAUAAUGACAUGACACUCAAUAUAAUGGAUUCAUCCAACAACAACAGUUUGAAACCCAUAACACUCCUUGAAGAUGAACGUAAGGAUCCUAAUGACUGAAUCUAGUUGUGUGUAAUGAAAAUGUACCCUCACUGAACAUGUGUUUGUAUACAGGUGUACCAGUCGUCAAUGUUGAAACUGUACCAUCACCACCAUCAUUGAGCACCCACAGAAUCAAGGUACUCAUAAAAAGACCACAACGGUGUGUGAAAUGGAUCCCCAUAUAUUUUGAGCUUUCUAAGGUGGUGAAAGCCAAGAUUUUUGAGGAAUUUAAACCAAUUAUUGAGUUUGCAUUGUCAUAUUGGAGGAAAACAUAUGCGAUGGUAGAUUGUAUUUGGUUCAACAAGUUCAUUAAACAUUGAAAUUGACAUUGACAUAUGCUUCAUUUGUAGUGACACCAUAUUUCACAAGCAUUUUUAAACUGUCUUAAUUUAGACACAACCAAGGGUGAACGGUAAGAUAAUAGGACACAACUUUGACUCCCACCUAGGGGGUAAGUUUCAAAUGUUUGUCACUAUUUUCUUAGUACAAAAAAAUACCAAAUGAUUUAUAUGUACACCAUUGUAUGAAUUGAAUCAUGCACAUAUUGAUCUGAGUAAGGGGUGAUGUAUUGAUGAGAUGAGUGUUGAAUGAUAGAGUAUUUUCACUUAAGAUUCGAUUUAAGUAAAACCCUUUAUAGAUGGAUCUAAGAUUUCUAAUUGUGAUAUGUGUGUCUGAUCUCCCAUUUUUCCUAAAGAACCAAUGAACCAUCUGCAAUUUAAAGUAUUUUUUCGACAUUUCACUUUGUAACCUUGUGUUUAUUUCAGUUUUUCUUCCCAGUGCUUCUGGUUGACCACCAUAUCUGCUUUGUCAUUGACAUGAAGAAGUGGGUGUAUUUUUUUUGACAACAUAUCAUGUCAAAAUACCUUAAAAAAUUGCUCCCGCUAGAACAACGAGUUCUAGAAAUUGACAGACACUUCAUCAGGUCCCUGGACGAGGCUGUUGACUUUAUUGACUUUGAAUAAGAGGUUCAUGAUGACCCAUAGUUAACCGAUUGAAGAAGUUGCAUGCUUUUCUGCUACCUCUUCAUGGAACAAUAUGACGACCACUUCAUAUUUGAGGAGGAUAAUUUAUGGAAGGUUCAUCCAACACUCACUACCUAGUGUGCAAGAAUAACUCCUCUCAUCUAACAGACGAGUAAAACUUGAGGUUGGAGUGAUUAAGAGGCAAAGUCAAAGAAAUAUUCAACGUCAUGAAAGCAAAAGGUGGGGAUGGCAAAGGAAAAGGGGGAAAAGGCCACUCAAGGUAACUGUUGAUUAGAUGGGUAGGGUUAUAUCAUGAUAUUUUGUGAGGACUCAUGAACAUUGUUCAAUCUCGUUAAUAUAAACGAAUGGAAUCGGUAAUAUCCCAAUACUAAAUAGUGAAAUCUCAAAUAUUAAAUAGUACCUUAAACUCAAUUCCAAUCUCAAUCUCAAAAUAAAUUUGGUAUCCCAAUCUCUAAAUUUUGUUUGAUAUCGAUAUUAUAUCAAAUACCAAAUCAAUUAUCUACAAAAUUACAAAUCAAAUAACACAAAUGUAGCUCCAUAAACCGUUGUCAAAACAUAUAAAAACAAACAAUGUUG